AUGGCAGUCCGCAGCAGCAGCAGCAGCAGCAGCAGCAGCAGCAACAGCAGCAGCAGCAGCAGCAGCAGCAUGAAGCAGGUGAUGGCUGUGGGGUUGCUGGAUGGAAGUCUCUGUCUGCUUCAGCUUCCUCCUCCUCCUCCAGCAGCAGCAGCAGCAGCAGCAGCAACCCCGCCAGCAGCACCAGCAGCAGCAGCAGCAGCAGCAGCAGCAGCAGCAGCAGGUGAAGUGCUGCAGCAGCUGAGAGCACACACAAAGGCGGUGGUUAGCUGCCAGUUCUCCUUCGAUGGCACCAACAUUGCUACAGCCGCCAGAGAUGGCUCCUUCGCUGUGUAUGCGGAGCGCUUCGAUUGCUUUGAGAUUGUCUUUCAUCAUUUGCUGCAGGGUUUUGUCUGCAGCUGUCUUUGCUUCCUCCCCGACUGCAGCAGCAGCAGCAGCAGCAACAGCAGCAGCAGCAGCAGCAGCAGCAGGAGCAGCAGCAGCAGCAGCAGGUUUGCUGUUGCUUUGCAUGAGUGUGCUGUGAUUGCUUCAUUUGAUGCUGCAGCGCUGCGGCGUUCUGCUGCUGUUUUCUACAUAGAGGACUUAAACACCAAGCAGCAGCAGCAGCAGCAGCAGCAGCAGCAGCAGCAGCAGCAGCAGCAGCAGCAGCAGGAAGAGGAGUUGCUGCAGCAGCAGAAGUGUGGGGUGUCUGUGCUGUCUUUGAUUUGCCAAAGACAGCGGGGCUGGCUCUUCGCUUGUCUCAGCACCGGCAUCGUCGUUGUCUUCUCUGUAUACACACAGAGACAGAUUGGUGGGGCUGAAGUGAUGGUGUAUGCGCUGCCAGCAGCAGAAGCAGCAGCAGCAGCAGCAGCAGCAAGUGCAGCAGCAGGGGGACCUCCUGCUGCUGCUGCUGCUGUGCUGCGGGGGCCGCUGCAGCAGAUCAAAGGCCUAGCAGCAAGCAGCAAUCUGCGGCUGCUGGCUGCUGUGGGGUUAGACAAGGCUGUCUAUCUCUAUAUUUAG